CUCAGUUGCAAGAUGGCGAACGUGCGGGAUAGUGACACAUCUUUGUGGCUCCACAAUAAACUCGGUACAUCGAAUGAUUCGUGGACAAGUGGCUCAAUUUGUACGCAAUUAAAUGCCGAAGUUUUAAAAAACAUCAAGGAUUGUUUUCCAGAUCUACAAACUCAAGUGAAAUUGAAAUUAUUGCUAAGUUUCUUUCAUAUCCCGCGCAGAAAUGUUGAGGAGUGGAGAAAUGAGCUGGAGGAAAUCAUUGAGGUGGCUGCAGUGGACUCAGAUUUGUGGGUGGCCAUGCUGGCAGAGGUUCUCAAGACUUUUCCCUCUGCCGGCACCCUUAAUACAGAGAUAGCACAGUUUGAUGAAACCCGACCAAUAUUCAGUGACAUGAUUGGAGAGCUGAGAAGGGCUUUGGCCAAACAUUCAGAACUUGGUCUAUUACCGCUUGAGUGCCUAUAUUUGAAUAAGAAUGCUUUAGUGUCUGUGGUGGGCCAACAACCAAAUCCAGUUAAACAUUUCACAUUAAAACGCAAGCCGAAGUCAGUGGCGCUUCGCAGUGAGUUGCUAGCGAAGGCGACGGAGGCGCAAGCCAACCAGAAGAAGGCGCAGGCGCCCACUGUGCCCGUGCGCAGUCGCGGCAUGCCUAGGAAGAUGACUGAUACCACUCCGCUGAAGGGUCUGCCGUCGCGCUGGGCGGGCCGGUCGGCGAGCCGCGCGCCGCCGCCGCCGCCCGCGCCCGCGCCGCGCCCCGCGCAGCGCCCCGGCAUCAAGCUGCUCGACAUCACCGAGCAGCCCGCCACGCACGCGCAGAUCAAGAAGAGGAGAAAGCUCGAAAUGGAGGAGGGAGCAAAGAAGACCCCGGCAGCCGCACCACCGUCCCCACCGCCGGCUGACUACGCCAAAGGCAUCAACAACUUCCCCAUCAAGACAGAGGAACAACCGGCCGCGAGCACAGAGCCGGCGCCGGCGCCGAGCGCGGCGGGCGCGUCCCCCGCCCCCGCCGCGGCGCCCGCGCCCGCGCCCACCCCCGCGCCCGCCGCGCCCGCACCGCCCGCCUCCGAGCCCGCGCAGAUCAGCACCGAACCGCCGCCGCUCGCCAGCCCCAUACUCGUACACCAGGGCUCUGCUGCUAAGCCAAUAGUGAUAGGACAACAGCCAAAACUUCUAAUAGCGGGUCAGGCGGGCGGCAAACCCGUGCUACUGUCCGCACAGAACCUCAUCAACACAUCGGCGGUUAUACUGCAGCCCGGCGGCAAGGCUGUGCUCUUGCAGAAUAUCAAACCUAUGUCGCAGACGGUGGUGCGCGCGGCGGCGCCGGUGCCCGCGCUGCACCACGUGCCGCCGCUACAGCACCAGCUGCCGCAGACGGUGCAGAUGUCGGCCCCGGUGCAGACGCCGGCGCCGGUGGCGAGCGCGGCGCUGCAGUCGCCGCCCGCGCAGCCGCAGCAGACGCCGCUGCUGCCGCGCCGAGGACUCUCGCUCACGCGAGAACAAAUGUUAGAAGCACAAGAUAUGUUCAGAAACGCGAACCGCGUGACGCGGCCAGAGAAGGCGCUUAUACUCGGCUUCAUGGCUGGAUCCAGAGACAAUCCGUGUCCGAAUCUUGGCAACAUAGUGACAAUAAAACUAUCAGAGAACAUAGAGAAUGUUCUACAAUCUGACGACACGUACCUCACUAUGCUCUCCGAGAUGCACUUCCAAAUGAACUACAACAAUGGGCAAUGGACGAGGCUCAAGAAGUACCGGCACAUAGACGGCAUGCGGCCGCAGAAGAUUCCGCCCGGCUCGACCGUCAUAUCCGCCGGAAAUCAACAGCCAGUCGUGUCCAUCGCCAACCAGAGUGUUAGUUAAGUUGUGUAAAUAUGUGUGCGUGUGAACAGUGAGUACACUCGACUGUGGCGGGGAGUCGUCUCCGAGUUCGUGGACUCUGUAUGUAAUCCUGUGUUCGUAAUCAUAUGCCUUGGUCUCACCAAUAUUUUGUAUGCUAUAUAUUGUUUUAUUGAGCAUUGUGAUAGGAAAGGUGAAUGUUUUAACACUUCCAUUAGUGACAAUAUUGAUAAUGUUGAUUUCUUGAAAAGGUUAAGUUUGUUAGGAUAAAUCAUGUAAUGUGUUAUAAAUGACCAAUAGAAGACGUAAGUUGCAACAGAUUUCAUUGUUACAGUGACUUAUUCAAUUAAAAGUGAUUCUAGAGAAACAAUUCAUCAAAUGUUAUUCCCUAUUGAAGUAUAAUUUGAUGGUUUGUGGUUACCGGCGAUUCCAUGAAGCCAACGCCAGAGACUUAUGAUACACAUGUGCCUAAAUUAAUACUUUAAUAAGACUCACUGUUCAUUCCCGCACUGUGAAGAGCACGGUUUUCUUAUUGGGUAUAGAAUACUAAACCUAGGAGUACCCGAUAAAAGAACUCAGCUAUAUUUGUAAUAUAUUCAAUAUUAGUAGCUAAUUAAAUAUUAUUAGCAUUGAUUACAGACUAAAGUGUUGAUGUUUUAAUCUGUAAUUGUGUUAGAAGAUUGUUUAUUGAUGUGCUGGGUAAACUUGAACUUUGUCCUAUAAAUAUUGUAGCAAUAUCAAAAAGCAUUCAACUGUUUGUUAUUUUUGGUUUUCAAAUAGUCCCAAACUGAUAAAUAAGUCAUAGUUUAUUGUACGCAAAAUAAUAAUUUGGUCAAAUGGUUUGUUUUGUUCAUAUUUAGCCAAAGUUCAAUAUUAUCUAGCAUGCACUAUGUUACUGCUUGUUUUAUGGAUGUACGCCGUUGUAAUGUCCGCACGCGAAACAGACUGUUUAUGACGUCACAAACUAAAUGUUUCAUAAAGAAGAUUUAUCGAGAGUUUGUCGAUAUCGAUAAAUGAAAGAACAGAACCAAUAAUAAAUUUUUUGUACUGUACGACUUCAAAUUAACACCUGAUAAGUUGAUUAAUCAUGUAUUUCAUGUUUUGAUUUAGACAUCACUAGUUUAAUAUUCUCAUAAGUAAGAACAGAUUGACGCACUUUUCUAGUUUUUUUUUUAUUAGUACUUAUCGAUAAUUUAAUUACCGAUAUCGACAACACCGUUCACUACCCAUCUUUAUUUCAUGAGCCAUAUGAGACGGAUUUGUUUUUUUAUGUAACUAUUGACGUAAAUGUUUAUCGAUAUCAGUGUUUAGUUGGUAUAAGUUGUCGAUGUUUUGUUUAUAAGUUUCCACGAGAUUACGUGUGUUUUAGCGGAAUAAACAACGUUUUCAUAUAGAUAUGAUCUCAUGUGAAAUUUUCCAAAUGAAUGUAAUUGGCGAUUUUUAUAAUUUGUGUGUUGAUGAAAAUCGAAGACUGUUGCGUUGGAGGGUAUUCUUUACUUUUAGAAACUAAUCCACUCUAUUUUUUCCACUUUAUUUGUUACAUGUUUCAUCCUCGGUGGCAAUAACUGUUUCUUUCUUUCUAAUAUAUAAAUUUCAUAUUUUCAGACUUAGUGUGAGUGUAUAAGAUGGCCAAUUUCAUUGAAGGGGCAAGAGUUAAUUCGCAGAACUCCAUUACCAGUUGCAAUAUGAGAUAGGCAUGUAUGCACGUGGUGCUGUGCUCACAGGUGCUAUUCAUUCAUAUUAGUGUUGAAAUUGUCAACAGUUGUGGCAUUAACAUUUUAAGCAUUUACCUAUAUUGUUGAAAUCGGGGUCUUAUUUCUUAUUGUGAUACCGCCUGGGGCCUCGCGCUAGCAUUGGCAAAGGGCACAAAAAAAAACGGCCUCACAAAGAUCUACCAGACUUCCGCAGUUUAAUGCCGCCACUGGAAUUGUGUAGUAAGUCUAAUUGCCGUUCCUGCGGCACAUUCAUUUGCAAAAAAUAUUGAAGCGACGACAGACUUAGUUAGGAGUGGAACGGACUACCGAUACGACUGUCCUCAGGUUCUCACAUCUAAGGGCUCACACCUCUGACUUUUUUGAAAUUAUGUGAGCGUUCAUUCAUUAUCGUUUGCUUUCACGUUGUAGGAAAAAAUCUGCAUACCUGAGAAAUUCUGUAUAACAAUUUUGUAGGUAUGUGAAGUCUGCUAAUCCGCCCUAGGGCAGCGUGGUUGACUAAGGCCUAAUCCCUCGCAGUAGUAGAGGAGGCCCGUGCCCAGCAGAGGGACAGAAUAUAUU